AUGGAGGACGCAAAGCGACCAGUCUUUGGGGCCGAGGCGGAGCGCAUCGGAACCCGAUUGGAUGAGGCAACAGAUGAGUUCCUCAAGGAAACGAAGAGCUGCAGAGCCUUACAGAUUCCACCCGGGCAGGAUCAACUAACAGCAAUGGAGUAUGUGGCUUAUCUUGGCAUCAACCUUCAGUUGGAACCAGAGCUAUCUUGGGUGGCCAGGGAGAUGCUCGCAGCUCCAAUGCCACCUCAAGCAGAGAUGAAGGUUAGCAAGGCUGGUGUGUGUUACUUCCAUGACCUGCUGAAUGACUACUACACAAUUGAGCACCCUCUGACUCAGAGGUAUCUCAAAGUCUUGGAGCGCCAGCGACUGGACCUCCUGUGCCUGCGGACGAAGCCGUCUGUGAAUGGCCUCCUCUUCUCACAGCCAGACAUGCUCUUCAACAAGCAGUUUCGCAACCUGCAGAUCCCCUGUCAAUCCUGCGGGGUCAUGCAGUCCACGUUGAAAUGCAAUCAGUGCCUCAUGUCCUUCUGCCAAUCUUGUGCAGAUGCCCUGCACAAGAAUGCGCUCGGCCCAAGGUUUGAUGAAGUGCUAGCACAUUACAAGGCUGAGGGCUACACGAAGAAGGAGGUGGAAAGCUACUGGGAUCAGGUCUGCAAGCCUGCCAAGGAGAAGAAGGAUACGAAGGCAAAAGUUAAAGAUGCCAAAGCCAAGGCUGCACCUGCAGCCAAGGUUGAGAAAACCGCUCCAAAGGCAAAAGCUGCUCCAGCACCCAAGGCACAGGCACAACCUGAGGCCAAGCCGAAAGCAAAACCAAAAGCAAAGGCAGAAGCGAAGGCCAAAGCAUUGCGUGGUGCAAAAGAUGCAGCCGACGAGGUUGACGCACCUGCAAGCACGCGUCUGCCCAGAACGCGCGCGGUCCUGAAGGAUAUGAAGCGCCGUGAAAAGGACUGGCGCAUCGGUGCCAUCAUAUACCAGCUGUUUGUGGACCGUUUCGCGCCGCCCGAUGACUUCGAAGCUAAGAAGAAGCUGUACCCAGACGAAGCAACCUUCCACGGUUGGAAAGAGCUUCCGAAGGGAGGACAACUUGUGGAAUCAGCUGGAUACUACAGUAACGAGCUAGCUUUUUGGGGCGGUGAUCUACCAAGCCUCACUUCCAAGCUCGACUACAUUGAUAGCCUAGGUGUGGAUGUGCUGUACUUGCAGCCUAUCACAAAAAGCUACUCCAACCACAAGUAUGACACCAUAGAUUACAAAAAGUUGGACUCGCAGUAUGGCACUGAUGCCGACUUCAAGACCUUGUCCAACAAGGUGCACGAGAAGGGCAUGAAGCUGGUGCUCGACUUUGUGUUCAAUCACUGCGGCAAGCGCUGCCAGAUGGUGCAGGAUGCACUUAAAGAUAAAUCGUCGCCGAAGCGGAAGUUCUUCUUCAUGGGCGACGAGUAUAAGCCGCACGGCUACAAGGUUUGGGGCUGCGCGCCCGCUUUAGUUGAGUUUGCUCUUGAAGACAAGGAGCUGCAGAAGCACUUGUGGGACGCGCCAGACUCGGCUUUGGCCACCUGGCUUUCCAAAGGUGCGGAUGGAGCUCGUCUGGAUGUUGCCUCCGAAAUAGGCCUGGAGCUUUUGGCUUCCAUCACUCGUGCAGCGCACAGGUACAAGAAGAAUAGUCUGGUCAUUGGGGAGGUUUGGGCGUACUCACCCCAUUGGACACAAGCGAUGGACGCCGUCAUGAGCCUUCACAUGGGUGUGCUGAUCUAUGGCCUGGCCGAGGGCGAUCUCCCUGGGCCAUCAGCAGCACAGCACCUGUCCAGGAUGAUUGCCGAUUCCAGCAUGGACGAGGUAUUGAAGUGCUGGAUAGUUGUCAGCAACCAUGAUAUGCCGCGACUGGCCCACAGGCUACCUGAUUUGCAGGCGCGGAAGUUUGCCCAGUGCUUGCAGUUUACGUGGCCCGGCUGCCCUUUGGUAUACUAUGGAGAUGAGCUCGGGCUCGAAGGUGGUGAGGACCCGCACAACCGAGCUCCCAUGCCCUGGGAACGCAACAAUGCGCAGAAUGAGAUGUUGAAGCACACGAAGAUGUUGACACAGCUUCGGAAGCAGAACCGAGCUUUGAGAAUAGGUGAGUACAGGGACCUGCCUACCAUGAAGCUGAUGGCUUUCAUUAGAACUACAGAUCGUGUAAGCGAUGUGGUUAUUGUCCUGGCAAAUCCGACCUCGGAGGUGGUGAAGGAGAUGGUUGUGGUGCCAGUCCCUGGAAUCUUGGGCCACACGCUGUUCAAGGAUCAACUGAGCGGAGAGGAGACACGUUUGCUGGGCUCCACGCUGACGGUCGACGUUGCUCCAAAAACAGUGCGAGUGUAUGCGAUGGCGAAUGAGCAGGGGAAUCCCAGCGGUGACCAAUACAAGCGCACAUGGGGACACUGGGCCUCCUUUGCCAGCGUCAAACCCUGA